CGAAGUCCCAAAGUUAUAAAAGAGAGUGGGAAUAAGUUGGGCAUUUUCACUGCUUUAGAAACUCCACCCAAAUCGCCGCCACAUUUCGAUUCUGAAUGAUCUUCUCUCUCUCUCUAUUCUCCCUUUGUCUCUUCUCCUAUUUCUUCAAUCUUAUUUGAUUUCUAUGAUUCACUAAUUAAUUCUUAUCAGAUUGCCUCGUUGGUUUUAAUUGAAGAACCCUAAUUCACAUACACAAUGAUCAGACGACAACGCACCACCUUCCAGCGAACAGUCGGUGACGCACCACCACCUAGACAACACGACGUCGCCACACCACCACCUAGACAACGGGGUAUAUGGGUAGACAAGGGUGGAAACCUGGAAGGCCAAAACGAAAAGUGGCUUGACGAGAGUUUAACAAAGACAAAAUGAAAAGGAGAGGAGUGUGUUUCAUCAGAGAAACCAGCCACAGAGGAUGACGACAAUGGAAAAUCAACGACUGUUCCCGAUCAAUAGAUUGAUUUUGGCUUUGAUCCUCUAUCAAUCUGUUAAUCGAUUGUGCACUUCAAAUAAGCGCAAUAGAGGAAUUGACUCUUCAAACUGUGAAGAUUCAGAUGGGCGAUACCGGUGAUAGACGAGGAACGAAGCGAGUGCCAGCUGAGCCACCGCCCUAAAUCCUACCAGGACUUCUUGGAUGAAACUCGGAGCCACAAACAAAAGACUGAAAGGCAGGCUUCAUAUACUUAUCUCCUAAGAAAAAAUAUGUUCUCACUCCUGUCACUGUUUUUAGUGUAAAUAUGUAUAAUUGAAUUGGCAAGCCUAUCAUAGAAAUAAGAAGACAUUGUUAAGUGGGAAUCAAGCCGUAAGAAAAAAGCGAUAGUUCUGGACAAGCUUAAGGUAUAACCUUUUACUAGAUUACAAAAUAAAAUGCAAGGAUUUUGUUCGGAACAGAAGCACUUAAACUUAGGGUUAGAGAUUUUCAAUUUAGAACAAUAAUCAGAAGAAUUCCUUGAAAAUAAUGGAGUUGGGUUGUGUCAUCACUGUGAUUAUGCGCAUAACUAUUUGUUUGGUGAUUUUCCUACUACUAGUGAUAUCGAUUUGUAGGUAAACACUAAGUUGUCAAAAAUGCUAACAUUACCAAGUCUUAGGAAUUCUUGAUUGUUGUUUGCAGUGAUGCAGUCUGAUCAAGUUUUGUUUAAACUUUAAUUUGCUCGCCAAUCUGUUUACAGCUCCUUAUUUAUUGUAUGAAUUUCGUUUAUCUCUUUUCUGUUCAGGCUACAUUCAAGAUUACCCUGGAUGUUCCAUCUAAUCUUAUAGCACUCUCCAACAUGCCUGUCAUUGAAGAAAAGAAAGAAGGAGAUCUUAAGACUGUUUACUUUGAGGAGUCACCAAUCAUGUCGACAUACUUGGUUGCUGUAGUUGUGGGUUUGUUUGAUUUUGUGGAAAGUAGCACAUCUGAUGGUAUUAAAGUUAGAUGUUAUUGUCAAGUUGGCAAGUCAGACCAAGGGAAGUUUGCUUUAGAGGUUGCUGUUAAGACCCUUGAAUUAUAUAAAGAGUAUUUUGAGGUGCCUUACGCCUUGCCCAAAUUGGAUAUGAUUGCGAUUCCUGAUUUUGCUGCUGGUGCCAUGGAGAACUAUGGUUUGGUCACAUAUCGUGAGAAUGCAUUGCUGUAUGAUGAGAAGCACUCCGCUGCUGCUAACAAGCAAAGGGUUGCUAUCGUGGUUGCUCAUGAAUUAGCUCAUCAGUGGUUUGGAAAUCUCGUGACUAUGGAAUGGUGGACUCAUUUGUGGUUGAAUGAGGGAUUUGCAACAUGGCGGAACGAGGAUGCAUGCAUUGGGUGAACGAGCACAUUUAUUUUGCUUGGGAUUAUGCCAUGGCUUAAAUUUAGAGUACAUUGCUUCAUAAAGACUUUGAAUCUAUGGUUGAGGUAAAUAUUUUAUCAGAGCUACUGACGUUUCCAUAAUUCAUAUUACCAUCAUGGUUUCGUCCUGGUUAUCUGAUUUUUAUACUUUUUAUACAUAUAUUAGGAUAAAAUAGAUCAAGAUAAAAUAUUGGUUGUGUUGUUGUUUAAAGCUUCUAUUUUGGGAGGUGUUGUUGUUGCUUGAUCGAGGUGCUGCUGGUGCUUGGAGCGUAGCUUCGAGGUGAUGUACGUCUGCUUGGAGCUGUUUUGGAAUUUAGUGGUCUAAAGACCGAAGUUGACUGAAGUUGACUUUCUUUUUUGUUUUGAUUAUUAGAUUUCUUAGCCAAACAAAAGUUGGUGUUUGUGAAUGUUUUUGUAAGAAACUAUGAAAUUAUAUCAAUUUAAAUUAUUGUCUAUCG